UCUACAGGGACUUUUAUUCAAAGCUCAGCUUGCAAAUGGAUUCCAAUACUAUCGUAUGGCAACCUGGGAAGGGGAAGAGAGAAGCCAGGCGCAACAUUUCACAGAAAAGCCAUACUGGCUGCAGAGUUGCACCAGCACUGGUUGAGUAAUAGCACACACGUUUAACCUCGGUUUAUUGGAAGAGCAGGACAAAAUUACAAUGUCACAAAUAGGUUUACAAUAAAUGCGGUCUUGCUGACUGCAGCACACAACACAGUACAAAUGUGACAUUCAUCGUUAAACUUUUAAUGGAUAUUGGACCGAAUUGUAUUUGCUAGCUAUACUGCUACUAAUUUCUUCACAUCCGGAGAACGUACAGUGCUUUUACUUCCCUUUUACUAAAACCUCAAAAUUAACAAGUGACAGCACCACAACAGAUGAACUUGAUUGGUUUUGAGUGUUAACUCCAUUACUAAGGGUGACAAUAAAUGCAAAGUGAUCAAACUCACAGGAAUUUCUGCUUCAAUGUGUAAUACCCUGCAAAGGCUGUACUAGACGCAUCCUUCAAACUCCAGGUCCAAGCUCUCUGUGAUAUUAAGAAGUCUCAGCAAGCUGUUCUAUGCUUCAAAAUCCUCUGCCUUAAGAAAUAACAUGGAAGCAAUCCAGUUGACUAUACUGGCACUACUAGUAAAUGGCCUGAUGGGUUCAAGUACCACGGACCGCAUAUCAACAGCAAAUUUCAGUAUAUCAAUUGCUCAAAAUACAUCAUUAGUUGAAAACUCAAAUACGACAAUGUCUCCAACCAAUGCAAGUGAACUUCCAAACAGCCACCACAACAUAACUUCUAAUUUCACGAAUUUGACGUCUUCCACGACUUCGCAAAUGAUAACGUUAUCAUCCAAACCACCUACUUCAAGUCUGGCCUCUCAGUCAACUUCAAAUGUGAAGACAAAUAAUCCACCUAAGUCACAGACAACUAAACAGGUGAUGAGGAAGUCAACCACGAAGAAAGAAAGUAACGACAAUGACCAUCUGAAUGCAAGCAUGAUCAUUGCUUGCAUCAUAGGUGGAUUAUUGCUACUUUUGGUGGUCUGCAUAAUUGGUAUACUCUUGACAAAAAGAUGCUUAAGAACAAAUACAGUGCAGGACCUCUCCUGGGCAGGAACUUGCCCAGGACCAGUUGGUGAAGAUAUUGAACACGCAUCCGAAGGCCAUGAUCUUAAUUCUGCUGCAGUGAAACGCCCCUCACUCACUACCUUUCUAACCAAAAAGUCAAAACGCGAUUCUUUACUGGAUCAAUAUAACAUGGAGGUACAGCAGGUUCAAGGGAUCAAGAACUUAGCUUCAACUGAGACUGAAGAAGAGACACCGCCUGAAGUCAAAACAGAUGAUGACAAAGAAAAAGAACCACUAGUUUUAACUGAAACACCAAGUCAAGAAUUUCCACCACCGCCUGAGACAGAGCUUCCUCUGAAUGAAGGUGACCAGCAAUCUCCAGCGCUCGCAACAAAUGCAGAAGCUUCGAAUUUGCCAGAAGGUGUCCCUGAUACAGUUUCAAACAAUAAUGAUUUUCCUCCCCCGCCAAUGGAAUUUUUGGAUCUUGUGAAUGAUUCUGAUUUGCCUCCGCCUCCCUGAGUAGAGAUCAGAAGUAGCAGAUGUCUGUUUUAGCUCACUCAAAUGUAUUGAAGAAGGCCCAGUGUAGGGUCUUCUGAAGCUGUAAGUAAAAGCUGGUUCUCUGCAGUAAAUGCUUCCAUGCAUUAGCAUUUGAUCACUAUGUUUUAAAAUUAGAUGUGACAAAAUUAUGUACUAUACCUAAAGGACAAAACACAGCAUCUUUCCAAUACACAAAUUAGAUGUGGGUUCAUGAACAGAGGUAUGGCAUUUGCUCUGCAUUGCAACCUUAUUGCUGCAUUUCUGCUUUUGGCUUGAUUAAAAUGAUAGAUAAAUAAGUCCAUCUUAUUUCAACUUUCAAAGAUUGAAGUCUAUUCUUACAAUUUUUUAUUUCACUCCCACCUCCCUGUACCAAGGACCAUUAGCUAACACUGGAGAAUCUCAAUACAUUUGUCUUCAGCAAUUCCACCUUCAGCAGUAAUCCUACGUACAGUCUGUGAAUGAAAUUCUGAACCAUCAUCCUACAGUAAAUGCAGCAUUUGCUCUACUUAAAUGGCAAAGCAAUAUUUAGGCAACAAAUAAAAAAAAACUUUGCUUAGUUUCUUAAGUUGUUGUUCAAGGGUUUUGCUAUAGGCUGACUUGAUUCUGUAAAUGCAAUAUUAAGACCAGUAUCCCAAAAUGGGAAAACCUUUUAUUUUUUAAUUGCUUUGCAAACUUAUGGCACAAAGAAUACUUUAAGAGAUGGAUUCAAACUUUGGUCUUCUGAUUUCAUCAUAUGGCCUCAUCUGAGCCUUAUGGCCUCCAUCUUAGCCAUUAUUCCUUCUAAAAGAUAUUAUUAGGCUUGGUUUAUUUCUUCAUUUGCAGUUUUCAUUUGUGCCAAAAUUACAUCCAAUGAAUCUGUGUUUUCGCCUGUCUGCCAAUUCUCCUUUUAAUCAAUACUUGCAUUUAUAUUCUGAGAAAAUCUGAGUUUAAAACUAAUGGGAGAGCAACACACACAAAAUGCUGGAGGAACUCAGCAGGUUAGACAGCAUCUAUGGAAAAGAGUACAGUUGACGUUUUGGGCUGAGACCCUUCAUCCAACAGGAUUCCAUCCCCAAGCAUGUCUUUCCCUCUCCCCUAUUUUCUGCUUUCCACAGGGAUCGCUCCCUAUACAACUCUAUUGUCCAUUCAUUCCUCCCUACUGAUCUCCCUCGAGUCAUUUAUCCUUGUAAACAGAACAAGUGUCCUACAAUUCCUCCCUCACUAUCAUUCGGGGCCCCAAGUAGUCCUUCACACUUUACCUGUGAGUGUGAUGGGGUCAUCUACUGUAUCCAGUGCCCCAGGUGUGGUCUCCUGUAUAUUGGUGAGAAUUGACGCAGGUCAGGAGAUCGCUUUGCUGAGUUCCUGCACUCCGUUUGCCAGAAAAAUAACGGGAUCUCCUGGUGACCACCCAUUUUAAUUCCACUUCCCAUUCCCAUUCUGACAUGUCAAUUCAUGACCUCCUCAGCUGCUGUGAUGAGGCCACACUCAGACUGGAGGAGCAACACCAUAUAUUCCGUCUGAGUAGCUUCCAACCUGAUGGCUUGAACAUCGAUUUCUCAAACUACUGGUAAAGCCCCUUUCCCCUGCCUUCCUAUUUCACUCUCUCACCUUAUCACCUUACCUGCCUCACCUCCCUCUGGGGCUCCUCCCCUUUUUCUUUCUUCCAUGGCCUCUGUCCUCUCCUACCAGAUUCCCUCUUCUUCAGCCCUGCAUCUGUUAUACCAAUAAACUUCACCUCUCCCCAACCUCCCCCAGUUUCACCUAUCCCCUUGAUGUCCUUCCUCUAUUCCUCCCCACUUUCUUACACUGACCCAUGAUCUUUUUUUCCAGUCCUGAUGAAGGGUCUCAGCCUGAAACGUCGACUGUACUCUUUUCCAUUGAUGCUGCCUGGCCUGCUGAGUUCCUCCUGCAUUUUGUGUGUGUUACUCGCAUUUACAUUCCAACCCUACCUCCAACAAUGUCUAUCAGGAGAGAGAUCUGAUCUCAAUUCAGGGAUCCGUGCAUGCUCUUCGUAUCCCAAUGGUAAUGAAGAAGGGGAUUGGAAUUUGUAUACAUGUACUGAAGUACAGUAAAAAGCUUCUAUUGCAUACUGUUCAUAUAGAUCCAACAAUUACACAGUGCAUUCAGAUAGAAGGUGGUAAAACAAUAAUAAUGCAUGGAGCUAAAAUGCAUGGUAGCAUAGUGGUUAGCACAAUGCUUUACCUGGGUCCAGUUCCCGCCUCUGCCUGUAAGGAGUUUGUACAUUCUCCCUGUGACCGUGUGACUCUCCCCCCCCGGGUACUCUGGGUUCCUCCCACAGUCUAAAGACGUACCGGUUUGGAGGUUAAUUGGUCGUUUUAAAUUGUCCCAUGAUUAGGCUAGGAUUAAAUCAGGGGAUUGCUGUUUGGCACGGCUUGACGGGCCAGAAGGGCAUAUUCCACAUAGUAUUUCAAUAAACAGAAAAAAUUAUUCAAUCAGUAAAAUGAAAGCAACAAGUUUUCAGAAUGAGCUUGAGGACUGUCACAGAAAGUACCGUGUCGGUAAACGACCGACUGCUAUCAAUGUAUUUGAUACCACUAUAAAUUUGGCCCAUCUACAGUUUUUGAGAGCACAGACAUAAAUUAGUUAAAAUAAAGAGAGGCAAUGUUCCAAGUUGAAGGAUGAAGACAAAAGCACUUGAGUUUUUAGGAAGGUACGAUGGGGCAGUUAUAAUGUAAGAUCCACAGACCUAAGUUCAUAAGGGGGUAGAUUCUGAUAGGUGAGCUUAAUCUCGGUUGCCUGCAUAAUUAUAUGCCAGGUGCACAUGUCAAAACUUUUGGGGAGAGCAAGGUAUAAAUAGUUCAUUUACUCAAUGCUCUUCCAACUUUAGGCACUUGGAUAAAUCCAUGAAAACCCAUGUGAUUGUUGCUAGCAUGUCGUAGAAACAGCAAUGAGUCUUAGAAGCUUUAACUCUGCACGAUUGUAAGAAUAUUUCAUUUUAGGGUUCCACUGAGUCCAAUUUGACGGUAGUUGAGACAAACUGCUAAGUAAAAGAUUUUUGGCACUGCAACAGGGAACUAGUGCUUGGAAUUCUAUGCUGUACGUUCCCUGGAACAACACAGUGCCAGUCCUAUCUUUGGUUUAGACUGAUUACUCUUCCCCCCCUCCCAAGGGACAGGUGUAGAGUGUACAUUAAUUUCCUCCGCACAACCCCACCCCAAUUUGCCACAGAAAAUGCUUUGCACAAUCAAUGUGGCAUGGUCAAAGCUCACAAUUCCCUGUUUUCAUUUAGGAAAAUUCCUUGCUGUGACGAUUUCCAUUUUACUCCCCAUUUAAACCUUUUCAAAAUCAUAAGGAGUUGAAAGAUGAUCCCAGUUUAAAAAAAGGGCACAGUGGACAGAGAAUGCAUUUCAAAACUACUACUUAAUAAGCACUUUGGUGGCACACUAAAUCUGUACAUUUGUUAAUCUGAAUGUAACUAGCACCAAGUUUUGUUACUGCAUAACAAGAAAUGUAAUAAAGGCAA